UCGAGGAACGACGACGUCGCCGUACUUAACCCGAGGAGCUGCACUGUGUUGCACCUGCAGCACCUUCCUUUUUUUUUCUUUGAUGCGCUUGUUCACUGUUGUUCACCGCGUAUCCUAGGACUCCUGGGGUGCAAAAAGUGCGAGCGAAUCGCGAAACUAUUAAAAAAAAGAGAUUCCCCUCCCAAGAAGCUUCUCGGACUGCAUCGUUACUGAGCUGCCGUUUAGCGAAACUUACGAACUAAAUACUGAAUAAGAGAGAUCGGACAAAUCCAACUGUGAUCUCUCCCUGAGAUCUUCCUCUUGGAAACUCACACAGGAGUCUUUUAAGAAGGAAGAUUUUUGGAUCCUGCGAUCCCGACGAACGUCAUCAGUAUUCUAAGACCGUAUCUCUUUUCCUCCUCGACACGAUGGAUAUCGACGCCGACACCUGUCUCAAGGAAUGGAAUGACUUGGCGCAGGACUACAAGGAACUCGAGGUACUAAAUAGAGAGUAUCUUUUGAAAUUAGAAGAAAUUAGUGAACUGCAAGCAAAAUGUGUCAAAGGUAUCUCCCAUCAGAAAUACCGGAUGGGUGUAAUAUCCAAGUCCUUAAAAAAACUAAACACAAAAGAAACACAGGAAGAAUUACAAAAAUCCAUGACAAGGAGAGAACAGCAGCUCAAUGAGAUUGAGCAAACAUUACCUAAGUCAAACGGCAUUUACUUACAAAUUAUUCUAGGCAGUGUCAAUGUCUCCAUAUUAAAUAAAAGUGACAAAUUCAAGUAUAAAGACGAAUAUGAGAAAUUCAAAUUAGUGCUAUCGGUAAUUGGAUUUGUAUUAUCUGUAUUAAACCUAUUUACCAAUAUAAGGACCUUAGAACUUAGUUUUAUGUUUCUCCUCGUUUGGUACUAUUGCACAUUAACGAUAAGAGAAAGUAUACUCAAGGUAAAUGGAUCAAGAAUUAAAGGAUGGUGGAGAUUCCAUCAUUUUCUCUCGACAGUGAUAUCCGGUGUUCUACUAGUCUGGCCGAAUACUGGACCAUGGUACCAGUUUCGUAGUCAGUUCAUGUGGUUCAACGUGUAUAUCAGUGUAGUCCAGUAUUUGCAAUUUCGGUACCAACGUGGCGUUUUGUACCGGUUAAAAGCACUGGGUGAGAGGGACAACAUGGACAUUACUAUUGAAGGAUUCCAUUCAUGGAUGUGGCGCGGUCUCUCAUUUCUGCUGCCGUUCCUAUUCGCUGGUUAUUUGUUUCAACUUUAUAACGCGUAUACGUUAUACGAACUAGCGUAUCAUCCAGAAGCAACAUGGCACGUACCAGUGCUCAGCGCCAUGUUCCUCGUACUAUUUCUGGGUAAUACUACCACCACCAUCAUGGUAAUCCCGCAGAAACUCGUCAAGGAUCGCGUUAAGGAUCAACUGUUCGCUUUUAAACCCGAUCGCAGGAAAGAAGGAAGGACACGCGAUAAGGACAAUAAAGAUAAAAAGAGUGAGUGAAGGAAGAAUUUUGAGUACUUCCAGCUGAUGAAAAGUUCGACCUAAUUACAUGGAAAAUAAAUUGAAGAAAAAAUUGUAAAGACAAGAUAAAAUGCGCUAUAAAAUGAUGUUGGUGUUGGCUCUAAAAUAUAACAAACUAUACUUUAUUGCAUUUAGCAAUGGAAGUAAUAACACGUAUACACAUACACACAUACACGAUGUGAAUGACUUCGAUCACAACUAAAGGAGUUUCCGCGUAUUUUUAUUUACUUUACUAUUGGGUAAAGUCUAUUGUCGAGUGUUCUCAAGAACGUUCUUUAUACUCUUUGACCGUCCUAAAAUAAACUUGCCUAAUUCCAACAAUAGGCUACUCAACGAAUUUGACGAGUUAGUUUUUUUAUAUGAGAAAAUGUAUUAAAAAAUAUCAUCUGUUUUUGAAAAUAUAGAUUAAAAACCUCCAUAGGCAGGAAUU